AUGGGGUUCAAAGAAAUCAUCAGGCAAUCAACCAUUGCAAACUAUGGAAAAUCCAUCCGCAGUGCACCUCGAGAAGUCAUUUUCAAUCGCCCCUUGAUCAUCUCGGUCGUUCUGUAUGCUAUGAGCGCAAUACCUGCUACAUGGGAUCAAGGCUCGUCGUCUGUUGUGCCGUCCCUGCCAGGAUUCCAAAAACAUUUCGGCAUCACUUCUGGCACAGACGCAAAGCAGAUCCGCAACUUCAUCACCAUUAUCUACAUCGGGUAUGCCGCUGGGGCUGCCCUCUCCUUCUUCCUCAAUGAUCGAAUCGGCCGGCUCUGGUCCUUUCGUCUGUAUUCCGUCGUCUGGAUUGUCGGACAACUCGUGGCCUCGUUUUCGCCGGGGCUCGCUGGACUGUACGCAGCCAGAAUCAUAAGUGGCCUGGGUAUUGGAGCGCUCACUGUGACGGGUCCGAUGUCAAUCGUCGAGCUCUCUCCCGCAGAGAUACGCGGUCUCCUGACUGCCUGGUUCAAUGUUGCCAUGGGGCUUUCCCUCGUCUGCUCGAUAUUCUGUGUUCUAGGGGUGUAUGAGCAUAUCCCGGAGAGCAAGCUGCAGUUCCAGAUUGUAUGGACCGCGCCUUGUGUCUACAUGGCACUCCUGGUCGCAGCCAGCUUCUUUCUUUGUGAAUCGCCUAGGUGGCUUUUCAUGGUCGAUAGGCACGAUGAAGCCACCAAGAUUCUUGUACGAAUUCGAGGUCUACCAGCAACCCACCCUCGAGUACAGAUAGAGUUGCAGGAAAUCCAGGACUCCAUCCGCAAGGAGAAGGAGCUGUAUCAUUCCGAUGGCUUGGUCGGCAUCAUCAAGGAGACUUUCACGGUGCCAUCGAACCUGCGUCGUGUCCAGCAGUCUCUGAUAUCCUAUGGCCUUGCCCAGCUCUCUGGCGCCAACUCCAUUACCUCGUACUUCGUACCGAUCCUGAGCCUGAUGGGUCUUGGAGGAGGCACAACCCGAAGCAUGUUUCUCAGUGGAAUGUACGGAAUGUCGAAACUCUUCUUCACGCUCAUCGCGUCAUUCUUCUUCAUUGACGCAUUGGGCCGCCGCAAAUCGCUGUUUGUCGGCACUUUCCUUCAAUUGAUAUCAGACGUCUAUGUUGGUGUGUACAUCAAGUACAAACAAGAAGGAACUGUUUCCAGCUCUUCAUCGCAGGGUGCAAUCGCGUUUAUCUUCAUCCAUGCAUUUGGUUAUGCCGUCGGUCUUUUGAUCCUCCCCUAUGUCUUCGGCGCCGAACUUUGGCCAAACCGAAUCCGAUCUUUUGGGGGUGCACUGUCUGCCUGCUUUCACUGGCUGUUCAUAUAUGCUUUUCAAAGCGGCCUGCCAUCUCUUCUCUCCCAGACAAACAACUGGGGAGCAUUUAUUUUCUUCGGCGGAUGGUGCUUCAUCGCCAUGAUUUACGUCUACCUGAUGGUACCCGAGCUAUCAGGUCUGAGCGUCGAAGAGAUCGACGAUCUUUUCAAGGGUCCCUGGUUCAAUGCAUACAAGCGCUCCAAGAAGGCAAGGGCCAUCACGAGCGAGGAGGCAGAUGAUCUAGCUGAUAUAUCGUAA